UUGUACUCGUGUCAUUUUCAGAUAUUAAAAUCCCAAUCUCAGCCUUAAUCCAAGCGUAUAAACGUUCUAUAUUUUCAGAUUUUAAGCUCCCCAUCCAACCCUUUUGAAAGUUCUCUGAUCUAAGUCGCCGCCGUUGCCAUGGUUGAUUGGGCAAAUCUGCUUCCUGAUGUUUUGCUGGAAAUCACUACGCAUCUGACGUCGUGUGAGGAUUUUGUUGCUUUUGGUUCGGUUUGUUCCUCAUGGCGAUCUGUUGCAAUUAUGGGAAAGCCGGGAUUUUUAUUUAAACUCGCCCCAUUGCUGAUGCUCGCACCGGAGAAGCCCACCUAUCAACGCGGGUUUUACAGUUUUUCGGAGGAUUUAACUCGGUACUUUAUUUUGCCUGAAGUUAAUUCGAGAAGAUGUUUAUCUUCCAGGGGCUGGCUUUUAACAAUCGCUGAAGCAGAUUUAAGUAUGGCUCUUUUGCAUCCUUUUUCACGAUUCGAAAUUGCAUUGCCUCAUCCCAAGACUAUCAAAGACUGGGAAGAUUUUUCUCAAGGCUGUGACCCGACUCUGCAGCAUGUAGUUUAUAUUUCUAAAUUUGUCUUAUCAACCAAUCCCAGGCGCACAUCAGAUUACCUGGUUAUGGUUCUUCAUGAAUAUGGCGGAAAGGUUGCAUAUUGUAAACCUGGGGAUAAAUCAUGGACCACAAUGGAGUCUUCAUGGUUGAAUCAUGACAUCACCUGUUAUAAAGGACAGUAUUAUGUCAUUAACACUAUAGGUCAAAUAAUGCAGUGCGAUCUCACCACAAACGUUUUAGUAAAAGUUGCACAGAUGCCACAUUUAAAGUAUCCGCAGUCCAAUUUAUAUAUAAUGGAAUCAGCAGGAGCAUUGAUUGUGGUUGAACGAUACUCAGAAACUAUUUUGGAAGAUGGUCCUUAUGGAACUACUGGAUUCAAGGUUUUCCAAGUGGAUUUGGGCAACAAUAAGUGGACUGAGAUAAAAGAUUUGGGUAAUAGAACUCUGUUUUUGGGUUAUAAUUCUUCAUUCUCUGAGGAGGCCCUUUAUUGCAAAGCUAAUUGCAUAUACUUUACUGAUGAUUGUCUUGAAGAUUAUUUCGACCUCCCCGAGGGAGGAGGGAAGGAUAUGGGAAUAUAUAACAUCCUGGAUGGUAGCAUUGAACCACAUUUUCAUUUUGAAGGUAGCUCAUACAGUAGUGUUAAUCCACCUAUGUGGGUUCAACAGCGUUAG